AAACAGUGCUUAGGAAUUAUUUUCACUUUUUAAGCGAUUUUCGAAAGAUUUUCAGGAUUUUCCUCCACUUCUUAUCUUCCCGUUAUUGCACUCGUAUGUCCACUGACCGUAGAUCUGACAGUUGCGCUCUCUAUCUCAAGACUGGUGAUAUUAUAUCUAUUAUACACAAAAUGUACACCAGAUUUUCACGUCACUUUUGCAAAAAUUUCGUAUUAUUAGUCACCUCUUGUAAAAAUAGACAUGUAUUAAUAAGUAAAUUAAGUUAUCGACAAUCUUCAGAAAUUAUAUUUGAUCGCUUAACAAAUAGUCUGACAUCGAGUUUGUAUUUCUUAAAUUUAUUUUGUCGAGAAAUAAGCACCACAACAAUGAGCAGACAAGAUGAAAAAUUUAAUAUUAACUAUGAACAGCUGCUAGAAGCACAAAAGGACAAUAGUAUUUUAAUCAUUGAUGUCAGGGAACAAUCAGAAAUAAACGAAACUGGCAAAUUACCAGGCAGUAUUCAUGUUCCAAUGGACAAUGUUUCUAACACAUUGCAAAAUCUAUCAGAAGAAGAUUUUAUGGAAAGAUAUGGCAAAUCUAAGCCUACUAAACUAACAAAAAUUAUAUUCAGUUGCCGGUCUGGCAAGAGGAGUGGCAUGGUACAGCAAGAGAUGCAGAAAUUAGGCUACAAUGUAUAUAAUUAUACUGGAGGUUGGAUGGAUUGGGAGAAUAAACAAAAGGCUUGAAUAAAGAAGAGGAAUUAUUGUUGCUAUAUCAAUGAAACAUACACAUAUAUAUAAUUUCUUAGUAUCUUAUAAGAAUAAAAUAUAGUUAUAUUGAGAUAAUCAUAUGUCUUGAUGACUAUCUAUAUGAAUAUAUCGUGACUACUUGGAUUAAAUUAAUAUUUACAUAAUAUAACAAAUACAGAAGUUGUAUCUUUUUAUGUACAAAGGACAAAAAAUCUGCACGUCAAGAUUUGUA